GCCUUGUGUGGCAAUGCAAUCACUGCCGAUCAACAUAUUGCUUUGAUGGAUGAUUCAUAUGAUUCAUAUUUAAUGCAGUGUUAGACAGCCUGUAUUCCCAACCCAUAUAAAUCAAAGUACUGCAGGAUGAUGUGUCUAUGUUAUACUUGGAGUGGUAACUUUGGAUUAAUGGAAUGGGAUGGAAUUGUGCCGAACAACCUUUCCUUUGGCAGUCAGCAGAUUGAGUCAGAGCGAACAAUGUGGAUUUUUUACUUCCUGGUGAUUCUGAUCUAUAUAUUACAUUUAUUAAGCCCAGUUAGUUCAAUCGCCUGCCUGUAGUGUGGUAUGGUGAUGUAUAUUGCCAUCUCAUCCUCUGCUGGGUCUGGAUAUCCCCACUUUUCUA